CCUACCGAACAGAUGGUCACUGGAAAAGAAGUUAAUCUGGCAGCAGAGACAAAAAACCUAGUUGAAGGGGCAGAAAACACAGUGCCGAAACCUACCGAACAGAUGGUCACUGGAAAAGAAGUUAAUCUGGCAGGGGCAGAAAACACAGAGCCGAAACCUACCGAACAGAUGGUCACUGGAAAAGAAGUUAAUCUGGCAGGGGCAGAAAACACAGUGCCGAAACCUACCGAACAGAUGGCCUCUGGAAAAGAAGUUAAUCUGGCAGGGGCAGAAAACACAGAGCCGAAACCUACCGAACAGAUGGUCACUGGAAAAGAAGUUAAUCUGGCAGCAGAGACAAAAAACCUAGUUGAAGGGGCAGAAAACACAGUGCCGAAACCUACCGAACAGAUGGCCUCUGGAAAAGAAGUUAAUCUGGCAGGGGCAGAAAACACAGUGCCGAAACCUACCGAACAGAUGGCCUCUGGAAAAGAAGUUAAUCUGGCAGGGGCAGAAAACACAGUGCCGAAACCUACCGAACAGAUGGCCUCUGGAAAAGAAGUUAAUCUGGCAGGGGCAGAAAACACAGUGCCGAAACCUACCGAACAGAUGGCUGCUGGAAAAGAAGUUAAUCUGGCAGAGACAAAAAACCUAAUUGAAGGGGCAGAAAACACAGUGCCAAAACCUACCAAACAGAUGGCCGCUGGAAAAGAAGUUAAUCUGGCAGAUUGGCACCAGGUGAAAGGAUUCAAAGUUCCAUCAGAGAACAUCAUUCUGGAUAUAAAGACUGUGCACCCUGCUAUUAGAAUCAGUAAAGGAAAGCGGGCUAUUUACGUAAAAGAAAAAGAUACAGAAAACCCCUCUAUGAGAAUGCAUCUCCAUGUAUUUUGUGUAGAGAGUUUCAGUUCAGGACAACACUAUUGGGAAGUGAGGGUAAAGGAACAAAAAGUCCAAAAACUGUCAUGGUAUGUUGGUGUGGCCAGAGAAAAUGUUAAGAGAAGAUCUAUUGUUCCUUUAACUCCACAGAAUGGAUUUUGGAUUCUUUCUUAUGAUAAAGAAAAGGGUUUCCAUGUCAAUACUGACCCUCAAACACCGAUAACUGUGGCAGAGAUCACUAUAGUGGGAGUGUUUCUAGACUGUGACAGACACACUCUGUCUUUUUAUAAUGUUGAUACAGAGUCACUUCUCUACACAUUUACUGAUGUGACGACAUCAAACUACUUUCCUGUGUUCAGCCCAGGACAACGUGACAAAACCCCAAUGAGAAUAUUGGAAUGACUACCAAAACCCUUAAGCUGAACUGCGUUGGCCGGGUUAAGCAUCCACUGUAGUUGCUGGAACCGUGCUGGAAAGGACAAUAUCAGAGCCAGCACAGUAUAGGUUGGGUUAGCACUAUAGUGUGAAAUGGGUCCGAGAUGCAGGUGAAAUUCAUGUCAAAUGAGACAUGCGUUAUACACAUUUUGAGUUAUUCAGUGAUGCCCAGUUGUAAAUGUGUGUGUCUUUUUCCCGAAAAGUUUUCAGACGCCACAAGAAAAAGAGAGCAAUAUUAAUGCCGUCUUUUUGUUGGCAGUAACCCGCCAUGGUUCAUUGAACAAACCCUAUGGGAAAAUGAAAGGAGUUUUUGUAGGGUUUUUGGAUAAAUAUAGAAAAUAAGGUCUGUGGUAAACGCAGGCAUAGGAGAUCAUCUUUAUCAGCUAAUGUCACUUUUUAUGUAAUCAGAAAAAGCACAUAAAGGCUUAAUUCAUAACGUUCAUAUUAACUGACUGAUAUUAUCUCAGAUCAAAAUCUCCUAAGC